UAGUAUACACAGUAUAUGUUGUAUCAGAAGCAAAGUUUGAAGUACUGUUGUAGUCGUACUGCAGUAAUGAGAGAAGCUGCUGUGAGUGUUUGCCGCCCCCUGCUGGACGUCCCGCCUCAUCACACCGAGCGCGUCAUUGUCGUCAAUAAACUUUAUUUAAAAGUUCAAAGUGCCCAUUUAUUGACAUUUUGGAAGCAGGAUGAGCCAAUCAGAGCCUCCUCCUCCUCUCUUUCAUUCUCUACGCUGUGAACAGCAGCGAUCUCAUUUACGCACAUCACGUGAACGCAGCACAGACUCCGGUUACCGGGGCCGCGUCAUCUGUUUCUAUUUUCUCCAGCUCUCCCUCCGACCCGGAAGUGCUCGCGCACACACAUACGCUCACGCACGCUCACGCACGCAGAGCGGACGCGCUCCUCCCACCAUCACACACCGGACUCCGCCUCGACCACCGACACCGACACCGAGCUCUGCGGGCCGGACCGAGCAGGACCGCGCCAUGUCCCUGCAGCUGCCCCCGUGCGUGAUAGACUGCGGGACCGGAUACACAAAGAUCGGCUAUGCAGGAAACACCGAGCCACAGUUCAUCAUGCCGUCCUGUAUUGCAAUCAAAGAGUCGGCGAGCGUGGGAGAGCAGGCCCAGAGGAGGCUUGUACGAGGAGUCGAUGACCUGGACUUCUACAUCGGCGAUGAAGCCGUAGAGAAACCCAACUAUGCAACCAAGUGGCCAAUCCGACACGGGAUGGUGGAGGACUGGGACCUGAUGGAGAAGUUUAUGGAGCAGGUCAUCUUCAAGUACCUGCGAGCUGAACCUGAGGACCACAGCUUCCUCAUGACAGAGCCUCCUCUCAACACUCCAGAGAACAGGGAGUAUUUGGCUGAGAUCAUGUUUGAGACUUUCAACAUACCUGGACUCUACAUCGCAGUACAGGCGGUGCUGGCGUUGGCGGCGUCCUGGACAUCCCGGCAGGUUGGACAGAGGACUCUGACCGGCGUUGUGAUCGACAGCGGAGACGGCGUCACACACGCCAUCCCCGUGGCUGAGGGCUACGUGAUUGGCAGCUGUAUAAAACACAUCCCCAUAGCAGGGCGGGACAUCACUUUCUUCAUCCAACAGCUGCUUAGAGACCGAGAAGUGGGGAUCCCACCGGAGCAGUCUCUGGAGACCGCCAAGGCCGUGAAGGAGCGAUACUGUUACAUCUGUCCGGACAUCGUAAAGGAGUUCACAAAGUAUGACUCUGACCCAGGAAAGUGGAUCAAACAGUACAGAGGAGUCAACGCCAUCAGUAAGACCGCCUUCCAUAUUGACGUGGGCUACGAACGCUUCCUGGGCCCUGAGAUCUUCUUCCACCCCGAGUUUGCUAAUCCAGACUUCAUGCAGCCUAUCUCUGAUGUCGUUGAUGAGGUCAUCCAGAGCUGUCCAAUUGAUGUGCGCAGACCGCUCUACAAGAACAUCGUGCUCUCUGGAGGUUCCACCAUGUUCAGAGACUUUGGCCGACGGCUGCAGAGGGACCUGAAGAGGGUGGUGGAUGCUCGGCUGAAGCUGAGCGAAGAGCUAAGCGGAGGACGGAUAAAGCCGAAGCCGAUGGAGGUUCAGGUCGUCUCACAUCACAUGCAGCGUUACGCCGUCUGGUUUGGAGGCUCCAUGUUGGCGUCCACGCCAGAGUUUUUCCAGGUGUGUCACUCGAAGAAGGACUACGACGAGAUCGGGCCGAGCAUCUGUCGACACAACCCCGUGUUCGGCAUCAUGUCCUGAUGGCAGCGCCGAGCCCAUCGGCCCGCUAACCUGUUAGCCCGCUAGCAACCAGCCACUCAGCCAUUAACCUGAUAGUUUUUUGCCCUUCUCAGUUUUCACCUAUGAGGCUGCUAACCUGUUAGCGGGCUAGCUCAGCAUCAUCAAGCACAUGGAGAGCGUGAAGCACAAAGGCAGUUAGAGAGCACGACAAAGUUUGCAGUGGUUUUGUUUUGAUAAAUUUACUCCACAGAGAAGAAUUUUACCGAGAACAAGAGGAGCUGCAGGAGACGUGGUGUAGUUAGCCAACCUUCUUCCAACACGUAGCAGUGAGAUCCUCUGAAGCUGAGGCUGUUGUCCCGACAGCAGAUAAUGAUAAAGAUGGCGUCUGCUCGCCUCUCAUCCUCAUUUCGGCCUUUUAUCAAACACAAGCAGCCAAUCUGUUCUGAAGCUGGCGACGGUGAAUUUAACAGGACGAGCCUCUGGAUGUUUUCUGUCACUCUGCAUGUGUGUCAGCAUGUUUGUGGCCCUGCUAUAACGAUCAGACUCACACUGAAUCUCACUGACUUGUUGUCUCUAAACUAGAAAAAGCUCUAAAAUCCGUCUUUUCGUCUUUGGGACAGCGUCGUAGACGUCCAGAUCAACAGACAGAAAAUGAUUUUCUUUGGUGGUGAUGGUCUCAUUUUCUCUCUGGCAGCACAAUCAGGUGUAUUUUUGAGUGCUGCAGCCUGCAGAGGGUGCCGACGGUCUCAGAACAGCGACGCAGUGUGACGUCACAAUCAAGGGGACCUGUUCUGCUUUUUCUCGUUUUCUGGUACAAUAGUAAAGUCAUAGUCUCUGAUGUUGAGAUGAAACACCACCCAUGUGUCAGAUAACGAGCUCAUCACCACACUGGCUUCCUGAAAUGGCCCAAUCAGAAGAAGCUGGGAUUUUAGGGGUUGUUUUAGACGGAGCAUAACAAGGCUUUAGACAAGGCUCAUUUUGAUCUCUGAAUCAUGCAAAGCUACUCUAGAAGAAUCAAAGAAGAAAGAUACAGACCUGAGAGCAGUCUUUAGAAUCUGAAUUCACAGGUUUACAGAGCGUGACGUCUUCCUCCUCAGGACGUCGUGAUGUUCGUCAGAAUAAACCUCCAUCAUUUCAAUCAGGAUCAGAGAGAAGCCCAGCUCUGAUUCUGUGUUUGCUCCAGUCUCACUGUGAUGGAGCGAUGUUGGUCUGAACAUCACUCUCUGGGUCUACGGCCCCAAGAUCCCCCAAAAAACCACCAGACAGAAUAAAAAGGGAGAGUAAAUCUAUUCAUGUUAACAUAUAAAGUGUAUUUUGUGACUUUAGAUAUAAGAGACGACUGACUGUGGCUCAGUAUGAGCAUUUAUUUUUGAUGAAAUUGGAUUAGCGUGAGCCGGGAAGAGGCUCCAAAUGAUUCUGGGUCAUGGAUUUAGUUUUUAAUGUGUUCAGGCUCUAUAUUUGUUUAAAAAAAAAAUAACAAUAAUAAUAAUAAUAAUAAUAAUAAUAAAUGGUAAAUGGCCUGUAUUUGUAUAGCGCUUUACUUGGUCCCUACGGACCCCAAAGUGCUUUUUACACUACAUUCAGUCAUCCACCCAUUCACACACACAUUCACACAUACAAAUAUAAACUUGUAUGAAGACACACACGCACAUCAAUAUAUAUUUAUAUUGACAGAGAGAGCAAGAAUCAGACUGAGCCAAGAUCAGGUCCAAACAACCUGCAGCAUGUGUUCAGGUGCAGUCAUGUGAUGGGCAUGUCUUCCAGAAGUCAUUGUAAGGUGAGAUGCUCAGUUUGAAGAUUUGCUUCCACAACACGUUUUCUCUUACAGCGCAGGGAUGAAAGCAGAUAAUAUCCACGUUAUGCAAAUCAGUGUUUCUUAAACGAGAUGAAGCCUCAUUUGCAUAUUUAAAAAUCAACCUUCAAACAGUUCAUGUCUGUAAUUAGUCAGUUUCACAAUAUUAUCUGUACGUACUGGUUUCCAAUAAACAUGUAUGAAGUUCUGCAGAUCAUA